AGGAGCCAGGGAGGAAAACUGAUUCCCAGAUCAGAUCUGGGAACUCGAGUUAUGACAGGCCGAAGUAUUAGUAGUGUUGGCUUUCGUUACAGGAAAACUGGUGGAAGAAUAAAAAUAACCAUGAGGAUGUCAGUAUAAACUGGAUUUGCAGUGAAUACAGAGACGGAUCGGGGCAACGAGAUGGCACAGCAGGAGGAGCCUCUGUAUGAUUUCCCGGAGCCCACCCAGCGGUCUGAGCACAAGUUUACGGGACACCAAAGGAAGCAGGGCUCUCUGAGGAACAUCAGCAUAUUGGACCGUCUCCUACUGUCACUUCCGGUGUGGCUGCAGCUAUCAAUUAACCCUGCCACCGCACUGCACAUACUGCAGAGGGAACCGCCUGGGACAUUCCUGGUGCGUAAGUCUCGUACGUCCCGGAGAAAUGUGCUGUGUGUCCGUUUGGCAGACAACAGCGUCCCAUCCUUUGUUCAGCAGUUUGGCAUCCGGGAGGAACACUCCACUUUGUCUCUUGAGACGUCAGCCAUCAGUUUUCCAGACCUCCCGAGACUCAUUGCCUUCUACUGUGUCAGCAGAGAUGUAUUACCCUUCCCUUUGGAGCUUCCUGAAGCCAUUGCCAAGGCGACAUCCCACAAAGAGCUUGAGUCCAUCUCACAUAUGGGAAUAGAGUUCUGGAGUUCCCAGCUAAACGUCCGUGGCCCACGGGAGACUCCUAAAGCCUGCAAUGAUAAGGAGAAGAAGCCAGACAUCAUAGCCGGAGUCCAGCCGGGUGGUUCUGUUUCGCAGCCUGAUUCAGCCUCCCAGUCUGACCCAGCCAACCAGGCCAGUGCGACACCCGGGCCUGACAGAGAUGCCAAGCAAUCAAAGCCCAAUCCCACUCUGUUCCAGGAGUUCUGUCCAAUCAGGACACGUAGUCCCAAAGAGCUGAACUAUGGCCCUGGCCUGGGCGCGCUCUGCUUCAUCAACCCCCUUUUCUUGCAGUCUCAGAACGCCCUGCACAGACGGCGCAUGUUCACGCGCAGCUUCAAGGUCCGGGUCUCCACAGAGACCUCAAGUCCACUGUCGCCACCCCUUGCUCCGCCUCCUCCGCCACCGCUAAUGCCCAAAACCAAAGGGAGAUGUAAAGCCAAGGCCCGGACACAGGGACAAGCAGGCAAGGGUCUGUCCCAGAGUCACAACCCAGGUGAUCCCAUGUCCCAGGACACCGAAUUCCAGUUCGCAACGCAACCCAAAGCGGCCCAAGCCCAGUCACAGCCUCUCCAGUCCCAGCUUCAAAUGGAGGAACAGGGUGAGACUCAAAAGGAUCCAGGCCAAAGCCAGACUGGAGCAGAGUUACAGGAGCCUGCAGCUCAGUCCUCAACAGCCACGACCACAACACUGACAGAGAAUCUCACAGAUGACUCAGACUAUUUGCAGCCCUCCCCAAGUGUCAAUAUCUCCCUUUCACCCUCCCUGCCUCCUUAUCUCUUUCCUUCCCUGCCUUCCAAAGCAUCUCUCUCCCCAUUUCGCGAGGUAUCUCCUUCAGUCUCUCCACGCGACUCCCCUAGUGUCUCCCCAUCUCUCUCGCCGUAUCAGUCUCCCUCUCCCUCAGUCCCUUUCUGCCUGUCUCCAUUCACGUCUCCAUCCUUUCCUGAAAUGGUUGAGGACGCCUAUCACACGCCUACUACUCCUUUGAGACUAGACCUGAAAAGAAAAGAGGGAGAUGAUGAAGAGAGGGGAGCAAGUGAAGAAGAAGAAGAAGAGGAGGAUGAGGAGGAGGAGAAUGAUGAUGAUGAAACAGAGGAGAAGAUGGGUUUGCUUUUACAACAGAUUGUGUUUCAUUCGCUAAAUGAAACACAGAGUUUCAGUUCCCUCAGCAGUCUGGAGGAAGAGGAGGCAGACACCCCACCACCCUCACCCCUUCUACAGGACAGUGGAACAAGCUCCAGUCAAAGCUAGAAACAAACAACACAGGACUAUAUUCUGUUAUGUUAUGAUGCAACUUUGUACUGAACUGCUCCACUGAGAAUUAAUUUGUGACUGACAGUGAUUACCAAUGUGUAUUGAUACAUUUUCUCAUUCUUUAAUGCUAAUUUGUUGUAAACGUUUUGUACUU